AUGGAAAAUUUUGAAAAUGAAAAAUGGGUUGAUCUUUAGGCUUAAAUAGACCACUAAAGUUAAAUAAUUAGAAGUAAUCUUAUUAAAAUAUUGAAGCUUAAUAGGAAGAUAUAAAUUAAUACAAAUAAGUCAUAUCAAGUUAUAGAACAUAAAUUAGCUAAAUUGAGAAUAAAAUGAAUUAAUUUACCUAAGCAGAAAUUUUAUUAAGAGAUGCAAAUCAUAGAAAUGAUAUUUUAAUAGCAGAAAUUGAAAGAUUAAAUGUUAUUGUUUUUUAAUAAGGAAAUGAAGUUGAGGAAUGGAAAAAUAAAGCAUAACGUUUAGAUUUAGCUUUACAAGAAUAUAAAUAAUUUGAACUAAGUAAUAGAGAUAUGGUUCUUAAAGCAGCGAGAUUGGCUGAAGAGGUAGAAAGAUUGAAAGAUUUAUUAACCAAAAAAUAGCUUGACUACUAAUAACUUUAAUUAGAACUAAAUUAAGCAUUAUAAGAAUUAGAGGAUGAAAGAAAUAAAGUUAAAUUACUUGAAGAUAGAUUAGCAGAAUUAGAAUCAGAAACUCCUACUGAAAAAGCUUUAAAGUAAAUUCUUAUCUAAAAAACAGAAAUUAUUAGACUGUAGUAAUUAAUUUAAAAUCUAAAUAAUAAAAUUUAAUUAUUGUAAUAGGAAAAUGAUGAAUUGAACAUUAAAUAUAAUAAUUAAUUAAGAGCUAAUGAUGAUUUGAGAACAUCAGCUGAAGCAAAUGAGAAAAAAGCCAAAAAGGCAGAAUUAGAUCUUUAAAAAGCUUUAGAUGAAAUAGAAAAAUUAAAAAAAUAAUUGUCUGAUUUACAAAAUGACAAAUUAUCUGCAUAAAGUUCAUCUUAAGGAGUGGAUUAAUAAAAAGUUGAUUAAUAAAAAGUUGAUCAAAUUUAGGAUUUACUUUAUAACUUAUAAAAAUAAUUAAGAGAAGCAGAAGAUAAUUUAUAAGAUGCUCUAUAAAAACUUAGAGAUGCUGAAAAUAGAAUAAAGUAAUUAGAAAGAUAAAUUAAGGAUAUGGAAAUUUAAAAUUAAAUAGCAUAAGAUAGAUUAAAAGCUUAAUAAUUAUUAUAAUCUUAAAUGAAUAAUAAUAAUAAUAAUAAUUAAUAAGUGAAUUCAACAAAUAUAAUUGCUGGUUAUGAAAGAUAGAUUUAAGAAUUAUUAAAUGAAUUAGAAAAACUUAGAAAUGCCAAACCCUUUGAUGAUAGAAUGUUAAAAAGAUAAAUAUAAGAUUUAUAAUCAUUAAUAGUUCUGAUGUGUGCUGAAAUUGAAGCACUUAGAGCUAAAAUUAGAUGA